UCAGCGCCCUCACAGCCCUGCCCGGCCCCGCGCCCCGCCGCAGGUGCCGCCACCGGCCCCAGCACCGCCACCGGCCCCAACGCCGGCAUGCUGCUCUCCAAAAUCACCUCGCUGGCGCACCUCCGCUCCGGGACCGCCGGCGAGCUGCACCCCGCCAAGAUCCAGCCAGGGAAGGAGAAGGAGCCGCUGGAGCAGCUGUACCGGGUGGGCCCGUUGCUGGGGAGCGGCGGCUUCGGCAGCGUUUACUCGGGGAUCCGCCUCUCAGACGGCGCCCCGGUGGCGAUCAAACGCGUGGCCCGGGACCGCAUCUCGCAGUGGGGAGAGCUGCCCGGCGGCAGCCGCGUCCCUCUGGAGAUCGUGCUCCUGAACAAGGUGGGCUCCGGCUUCCACGGCGUCAUCCAGCUCCUGGACUGGUUCGAGCUCCCGGACAGCUUCGUGGUGGUGAUGGAGCGUCCGGAGCCGUCUCAGGACCUCUUUGACUUCAUCACGGAGCGGGGGUUCCUGCCCGAGGAGAUGGCGCGGGGGCUGUUCCGCCAGGUGCUGGAGGCCGUGCGGCACUGCAACAACUGCGGCGUCCUGCACCGCGACAUCAAGGACGAGAACAUCCUGCUCGACCUGGCCACGGGCGAGCUCAAGCUCAUCGACUUCGGCUCGGGCACCUUCCUCAAGGACACGCUCUACACGCAGUUUGACGGAACACGCGUGUACAGCCCCCCGGAGUGGAUCCGCUUCCACCGCUACCACGGCCACUCAGCCACCAUCUGGUCCCUGGGUGUGCUGCUCUACAACAUGGUGUGUGGGGAUGUCCCCUUCGAGCAGGAUGAGGACAUCAUCCGGGGCCAGCUCUUCUUCCGACGGCGCAUUUCUCUCGAGUGCCAGCACCUCAUCAAGUGGUGCUUGUCCAUGCGCCCCUCGGACAGGCCGUCCUUGGAAGAUAUUUUCAACCAUUCUUGGCUGCAGGACAUUCACCUGGAACCAGCUGAGAUCACCCUGCACAGUUUGAUCCAGGAGCCUGACAAGUAACAGCUCCAUGCAGCUCCUGGUCAUAAGAAGCAAAGAAAACCAGACUUUUUCAUCCUGACCAUAACACUGAGCAGGGAUCCUCAGAUGUUCUCAGAUGGGAAUGUGCACAUCCUGCCCUGGAGCUGGGCUGGGGACCUGCUCGUCCAAGUUCUGGUAGCCACCAUCCAAGCCAGCUGUCCUGGACUUCAU